AUGGAGAGAGCAGAUUGGACCAGUAUACAUCUUUCUGCUAGUAAAAGAGUUCGCAUAUUCCAACUGGACAACUUUGCCUGCAUCUUGUCAAGGCUAGUUGAAAGUGUUCCUCCCGCAUUUUUCGUGAAUGAGCAGCACUUUGAGGUACUUUCUGAGGUUGCUGGUCAAAGGGAUGCCAAGGAUCUUAUGGGCACAAAUCCUCCAGCUAAGGUCAACAAAUGGAAAGUCAACGAUAAAUGGAAUGAGAGCUUUCUUAGAAGUUAUAGAAAAGAGCAACCUCUGAUUGUAGAAGGCAAAGAAAAUUGCAGCAAUUUAAUUAAUUUUAGGAUGGAUAGUAAUAGUGCACCUUCAAGUUCCACAGUUUCAAGAAGUGUGAUUCUCGUUUUGAGGGUCUUAACCUUUGUGUUCCUUCUCAUUGCUCUCAUUCUCAUCUCUGUAACCAAGGGCACUGAAGAUACAACAAAUGGUUCUGUAGAAGCCAAGUUCAGCGACAUUCAUGCUUAUCGAUACAUGAUCUCCACAAUAGUCAUUGGAUUUGUAUACAACCUCAUGCAAAUGGUGCUCUCAAUCUUCAAUGUGGUAUCUGGAAAGCGUGUAUGCGGUGAUUUUGGCUAUGUAUUUGAUUUCUUUGGUGACAAGAUUAUAUCAUACUUCCUAAUUUCGGGUUCAGCUGCUGGAUAUGGUGCCUCUGAAGAUUUACACAGAUUUUUCAAAGCAGAAGAUCUUCCUUUCAAUUCGUUUUUUGCAAAAGCAAACGCCUCAGCGAGCCUCCUCCUUGUUGGAUUUCUUUGCAAUGCCAUAGCAUCAAUUUUCACUUCAUUCGCUUUGCCAAAGAAAGCUUAAAUGAUCAGAUAGCUUGUUACGUUGUUAUGGAUUUCUUGUUUUCUUUGCUUAAAUGAUCAGCAUCGCAAUUGUACUUAAUUAUUUUGGGUUUUGAAUAGAAUGAAAUUUUAUUGUUCUCCAUCA